AUGACGAUUGUUUCGUGGAAUUGUCAGGGUGUUGGGAACAAGGAAAUGAUCCGUCACGCUAAAGUAGUCAUGGACAACAAUAACGUGAGAGCUAUCUGUUUCCUUGAAACCAAGACAAGCAAAGCCGACAACCUUCUCAAAGCGCUCAGCGGUCUUCUUCUAGUUUGGAACAGUAACCUCCUCAACUUAGAAGUGGUGGGAAGCAAUUCACAAACUAUUCACUGUAAAAUCACGGAAGGUGGGAACUCAUCCAUGUACCACUCUUUCGCAUACGUUAGGCCUAACUUGAGGACCAAAGAAGUGUUCUGGCAUGACUGCAGAGUCUUUUCUGAGUCCAUAGCUGGGCCGUGGGUCAUACAGGGAGACUUCAACGACAUUGCAAACAUUAAUGAACACUGGGGAAAUGAUCAUGUUAAUCCCCAUAAUCUGAGCAGAUUCUGUACAGCCUUUGAGAACUGUGGUCUCAUGGAAGUCAACUCCAUAGGACCGUCGUUUACGUGGUGUAGACAUAUCGGGGGCCGGAUGAACACUAGACGUAAGCUUGACCGUGUCUUCUGGAAUAUUGAAGCCCAAGAGGCUUUCCCGGAAGCUAAAGCCAAAGUCCUUACUAGAACUCAUUCGGAUCACCACCCUAUUGCUUUCAUUAGACAUGCUGGAUCGGCCCCGGUAAGGGGUAAUAGGCCUUACCGGUUCGAAGCAGCUUGGCUUACUCAUGAUGACUACAAAAGAAUUUGGAAAACUGCUUGGAAAGACAGAGGUGGUAAUGUGGUGGAAGCCAUCGAUGAAGUUACAAGGCUUAGCAAGCAAUGGAAUGAAGAGGUGUUUGGUAAUAUUUUCAAAAGAAAACGUCAGCUGCAAGCCAGACUACAAGGUAUCCAAAACUCAAAUUGGUAUCACUCCCGGGGGCUCCAAGUUCUGGAAAAGAAACUUAAGGAGGAUCUUAACAAAACGCUAGCCCAAGAAGAGCUCCUUUGGGCUAACCAAGAUGGAAAUGCACCAACAAGACACGAUGGUAAAAAACUCAACCCGUUAGAAGCCAAGAAGCUUGUCCGACCGGCCGACGUGGACGAAGUUAAGGCUGCAGUGUUCGGCAUGAAAUGUAUGGGAAGUCCGGGCCCUGAUGGCAUUCAGGCAGCGUUCUAUCAAGACUUCUGGCAAGAGGUAGGCGGAUCUAUAACUAAGAUGGUGAAUGAGGCCCUUAUCUCGGCCACAAUUCCACUUUCUCUUUUGGAGGCGUUCGUCACCUUGAUACCAAAAAAAGACAACCCGAAAACCGCUGCAGACUUCCGGCCGAUCACUCUCCUCAAUGUCAUGUUCAAAAUUGUUUCGAAAGUAAUUGUCAACAGGUUGAGACCGCUGAUGAAUAAUUUGAUUGGUCCACAUCAGAACAGCUUCUUACCGGGGAGAUCUACUUUAGACAAUAUCAUCCUCACCCAAGAUUGUCCAUAG